UGAUAAGAUGUCGAAAAAGAAGGGUAAAACUUCAUAUCAAUGUGAUAUUUGUAAAAAGACAUUCCAGAAACAACGUGACCUAACUAUUCACAAGAAAAGUCAUUCAGGAGAAAAGCCAUAUCACUGUGAUAUCUGUGGUAAUUUAUUCUUGUUGAAACAUAACUUAACUGUACACAAACGUAUUCACACAGGAGAGAGGCCUUACAGCUGUGAUAUCUGUGGUAAAUCUUUUGCACAAAGUGGUGACCUAAAGGCUCACAAACGCACUCACACAGGAGAAAAACCGUAUCGUUGUGAUAUCUGUGGUAAAUCCUUUCCACGAGGCAACUAUAUUACUAUGCAUAAACGCAUUCAUACAGGAGAGAGACCAUUUCACUGUGAUAUUUGUGGUAAAUCCUUCGUUGGAAAACAUAUGUUAAAGGCUCACAAACGUAUUCAUACUGGAGAAAAACCUUAUCGCUGUGAAAUCUGUGGUAAAUCAUUCACUGGGAGUGGUCACUUAGCUGUUCACAAACGCAUUCAUACUGGAGAGAGACCACAUAAGUGUGAUGUUUGUGGCAAAUCAUUCUCUCGUUUUCAUCACUUAUCUGUUCACAAACGUAUCCAUUCAGGUGAGAAGCCAUAUCAAUGUGAUAUCUGUGGCAAAUCAUUCUCUCAAAAAUCUGGCUCCGUUGUCCACAAACGCACCCAUUCAAGAGAUAAGCCAUAUUGUGAUAUCUGUGGUAAAUCAUUCUCUCAGGCUAAUUAUUUAGCUAACCACAAGAUAAAACAUGCAAAUGAGAAGCCAUAUCAUUGUGAUGUUUGUAGUAAAUCAUUCUUUCGAAUAUGUGACUUAAAUAGACACAAAAGUACUCACAGGGAAAAAAGACAGUAUCACUGCGAUACUUGUGGUAAAACUUUCCCUAUACAUUAUCGGUUAGUUAUACAUAAACGUAUUCAUACAGGGGAGAAACCACAUGAUUGUGAUAUCUGUGGCAAAUCUUUCUCUCAAAAAUAUGAGUUAGUUGUCCACAAACGUGUUCAUACAGGAGAGAAACCGCAUCACUGUGAUAUCUGUGGUAAAUCAUUCUAUCAGACAUCUGGCUUAGUUGUCCACAGACGUAUUCAUACAGGAGAGACACCAUAUCACUGUGAUAUCUGUGGUAAAUCAUUCGGUGUACGUAGUACAUUAACUUCUCACAAAUGCAUUCAUACAGGUGAGAUGCCCUAUCAGUGUGAUAUCUGUGGUAAAUCAUUCUCCCAGAAAUCUUACAUAGUUAUCCACAAACGUUUUCAUACAGGAGAGAAACCAUAUCGCUGUGAUACCUGUGGUAAAUCAUUUUGUGUACGUAGUUCAUUAAAUUCUCACAAAUGCAUUCAUACAGGUGAGAAGCUAUAUCAGUGUGAUAUCUGUGGUAAAUCAUUCUCCCGGAAAUCUUACAUAGUUAUCCACAAACGUACUCAUACAGGAGACAAACCAUAUCAUUGCGAUAUCUGUGGUAAAUCAUUCUCUCAAAAAUCUUCCUUAGUUAUCCACAAACGUGUUCAUACAGGAGAGAAACCAUAUCACUGUGAUAUAUGUGGUAAAUCAUUCUCUCAGUCUCAUCACAAAAGCAUUCAUACAUGUUAGAUGCACUAUCAUUGUGAUAUUUGUGGUAAUUCAUUCUCGAGAAGUGGCAACUUCACUAAACACAAAUGUAUUCAUACAGGUAUGAAACAUUGUCACUGUGAUACCUGUGGUAAAUUAUUUUGUGUAUGUAGUGCAUUAACCUCUCACAAACGUAUUCAUACAGGUGAGAUGCUACAUCAUUGUGAUAUCUAUGGUAAAUCACACUCCCGGAAAUGCUGGAGAGAAGCCAUUUCACUUUGACACUUUUGGUAAAUCAUUCUCCAACAAGAGUGGCUUAACAAUACACAGACGUAUUCAUACUGGAGAGAAGCUAUUUCAAUUAAUAUUAUGUUUGGUGUUAAAUAGCUUCCUCGACUGGAACUAUUGGAGUCCCGAUGUAAGGUAUGGCUAUCCAUAUACCUCAAGUAUAAUGUUGAAGACGAGGUAUUCGAAAAUAUCUCAAUAUUUGUAUUUAACUGAUUCUGCUAAUGCCCCCAACAAAAUAUGCAGAUAUGAAAUUUGCUCAUCGCUUCUUCUCCAUAACCAGACCGAUCCAUUUCUCGACCAUAUUGUAACUUGCGAUGAAAAGUGGAUUCUGUACAAUAAUAAAAAACGUUCUUUGCACUGAUUGGACCAGAAUGAAGCACCGAAAACCUUCCCUAAACCCGAGCUCUUCAAAAAGAAGGUUAUGCUGACUGUUUGGUAGUAUACUGCUGGACUCUUCCACUAUAACUUCUUAAAAGCCGGAAAAACCAUUACUGCAGAAACAUAUUGCUAUGAAAUUGCCAAAAUGAACGCAAAACUGUAAAUUCUCUGCCCCAGACUGGUCAACAGAAGAGGACCAAUCAUUCUUCCUGACAAUGCUCGACCACAUUUCACUAAUGAUGCUCCAGAAGUUGAGGGAACUUGGUUACGGAGUUCUUCCCCACCCAGCUUAUUCCCCAGACCUUUCUCCCACUGACUACCACUUUUUCAAGCACCUUCAUGGUUUCCUGCAAGAGAAGGAGUUCAAAAAUCAAACUGAUGUUGAAAGUGCAUUCAAAGAGUUCAUCAGCUCCAGAACUCCAGAUUUUUAUGUUAGCAGAAUAAACAAACUUGUAACUCGUUGGCAAAAAUGUGUUGAUUUUAAUGGUACUUACUUUGAUGACUAAAAUUUCCCUAUUGUUGAAA